AUAAAAAAAAAUCCCCAUCUCCCAAUCACAACCUCUCGCAGUCUUUCACUCUAAAACCCUAAUUAAACCCUAAAAUCUCCCAAAUCUCAAUCCAAAAUCACAGUAUCUGAUCAAGGUAAGUAUUGGAUCCAUCCAUUACACCACCAUUUUCAUGUAAUCUCGAUCCAAACCUAAUUUUUUGAUUUUUUUUCGAAUUUAAUUAGGGUAGAUUUUGAUUUUUUUUGAAUAAAUCUUCCACCAUGGAUGAUUUGGAGAAGGCGAUUUUGUUCAGAUUUGAUGAAUCUGGUUCAAUUGAUCCUAAUCUUAAACUAGAAGCAGUGAAAUACUGUGAAUCACUGAAAGAAUCCACGCCGUCGAUUUGUAGAUUAUGUAUUGAACGAUUUCAGUUUACGACAUACGUUCAAGUUCGGUUUUGGUGUUUACAGACACUUCACGAGGUUGUUCGGACUCGUUACUCGAUGAUUAGUGCCGAUGAGAUGGAGUUUGUUAGGAAAUCGGUGUUAUCUAUGGCUUGUGGAGGCGGUGGGGGUGGGGUAGGCGGUGGUGGUGAGGAUGAUAAGAGCAAUGUUGGUGGUGUUUUAGAAGGGCCGGUUUUUAUUAAGAAUAAGUUUGCGCAAGUGUUUGUUACUUUAAUUUAUUUUGAGUAUCCGUUGAUUUGGUCUUCGUGUUUUGUUGAUUUUGUGCCUAAUUUGGUUAAGGGGAAUGCAGUUAUUGAUAUGUUUUGUAGAGUUUUGAAUGCGUUAGAUGAUGAAUUGAUUAGUUUGGAUUAUCCACGGAGUGGGGAAGAUGUGGCGGUUGCAGGGAGAGUUAAGGAUGCAAUGAGGCAACAAUGUAUUGCGCAGAUUGUACGUGCCUGGUAUGAGAUUUUGAACAUGUAUAAGAAUUCGGAUGCGGAGUUGUGUACGACUGUUUUGGAUUGUAUGAGGAGGUAUAUUUCUUGGAUUGACAUUGGGUUGAUUGCGAAUGAUGCUUUUGUACCGUUGUUGUUUGAGUUUAUUUUGAUUGAGGGGUUGCCAGAACAGUUAAGGGGGGCCGGGGCGGGAUGUGUAUUGGCUAUAGUUUCUAAAAGGAUGGAGGCGGCAUCGAAGUUGUCGCUUCUUAGGAGCUUACAGAUUAAUCGCGUUUUAGGUUUGGUGGCUGGGGAUGUGGAUUCUGAGUUGGUUUCGAAGAUUGGCCUUUUGCUUACUGGUUUUGCAACUGAGGCGCUUGAAUGUUCGAAGCGUUUAGAAUCGGAGGAGAUGAAAGUUGUAGCUACAGAGCUAUUGGACGAAGUUUUGCCCUCUGUGUUCUAUGUGAUGCAGAACUGUGAAAUGGAUGCAACAUUUAAUAUUGUGCAGUUCUUAUCAGGUUAUGUGUCUACGUUGAAAGCUCUUACUCCGUUGAAGGAGAAACAAAUUGUACAUGUUCAACAGAUUUUGGAGGUGAUACAUGUUAGAAUCUGCUAUGAUCCUGAGUAUAGAGAGAAUCUUAGUAUUCCUGAUAAAAUUGGGAUUGAAGAGGAAGAGCGGAUGAUUGAGUAUCGAAAGGACUUGUUUGUGUUGCUUCGAAGUGUAAGCCGAGUAGCUCCUGAUAUUACUCAGAUGUUUAUUAGAAAUUUAUUUGCUGGUGCACUUGUGACUUCUUCAGAUAGGAAUGUUGAAGAGGUUGAAGCAGCACUCUCUAUUUUUUAUGCACUUGGAGAGUAUUUGAAUGAAGAGGCAGUGAGAAAUGGAAAUCCACUUGUGAGGGAAUUGCUACCCAUGCUGUUAUCGGCAAGGUUUCCAUGCCAUUCUAAUCGCUUGGUAGCACUUGUAUACUUGGAGACAAUAACUAGGUAUGUGAAGUUUGUUCAGGAUAAUGAUCAGUGUACACCCCUCAUUCUUGCUGCCUUUUUGGAUGAACGGGGUAUACACCAUCCAAAUAUCAAUGUGAGUCGAAGGGCCAGUUACCUCUUCAUGAGAGUUGUGAAAAACAUGAAAUCCCAGCUUGUUCCUUUCAUCGAAAAGAUAUUACAGAGUCUCCAAGACAGAGUGGCCCAGUUUACGCAGUUGGACUGGAAAUCAGGAGAUAUGACAAAUUCAGGAUCUGAAGAUGGGAGUCACAUAUUUGAGGCAAUUGGCUUACUAAUUGGGAUGGAAGAUGUACGUGUACCACAAGAGAAGCAAGCCGAGUAUCUGUCGUCACUGCUGAUCCCUCUAUGCAAUCAGGUCCAGGAGCUGCUUUUAAAUGCCAACGUACAAAAUCAGGAAGAAUCUUAUGCUAAAAUUGCAAAUAUACAGCAAUUAAUCAUGGCAAUUAAUGCACUGAGCAAGGGCUUCAGCGAACGUCUUGUCACUGCCAGUCGCCCUGAAAUUGGUAGUAUGUUCAAGCAGACUUUGGAUGUUCUCCUUCAAAUUCUUGUGGUGUUUCCUAAAGUCGAUCCUCUACGGAGUAAGGUGACGUCAUUUAUUCACCGGAUGGUAGAGGUUUUAGGAGCAGCUGUCUUUCCCUACCUCCCCAGGGCACUUGAGCAAUUGCUUGCGAACUGUGAGCCCAAAGAAAUGGUUGGUCUGCUCGUGCUUCUCAAUCAGCUCAUCUGCAAAUUCAAUGUUUUGAUGCGCGAUAUCUUGGAAAAAAUAUUUCCUAUCAUUGCAAGUAGAGUGUUUGAUGUUCUCCUCACACGUGAAAUUCCUUCAGGGCCUGGAAGUAACACUGAGGAAAACCGUGAACUUCAAGAGCUUCAGAAAACAUUGUACACAUUUCUUCAUGUAAUUACUACUCAUGACCUGUCUUCAGUGUUCCUUACUACUGAAGGAAAGAACUACUUAAAAUCGAUUAUGCCCUUGCUAUUGCAUAAUUCCUGCUAUCACAAGGAAACUACUGUGAGAAAGUCAUGUGUGCAGAUAUUUAUUAGACUAAUUAAAGACUGGUGCACCGGAUCUAAUGAGGAGGAAAGGGUACCUGGUUUCCGCAACUUCAUAAUUGAGACCUUCGCUCCAAGCUGCUGCUUGUACAGUGUUCUCGACAAGUCUUUUGAGUUCCGUGAUGCCAAUACUCUUGUUCUUUUCGGGGAAAUUGUGGUAGCUCAGAAAAUCAUGUAUGAGAAGCUUGGUGACGAGUUUCUUGUUCAUUUUGUAAUGAAAGGGUUUCAAACCGCACACUGCCCUCAAAAUCUAGCUGAAGAGUACUGUCAAAAGCUGCAGGGAAGUGAUAUCAAAGCCCUUAAAACAUUUUACCAGUCUCUCAUUGAGGAUUUGAGACGUCAACAAAAUGGAACAUUCGUCUUCAGAUAGCAGUGCCUUGUGACUAUAAGAGAUUGAAUUUCAAAGUUAACUUCCCUGGAAUUCUUCAUGAUGGCCCUCCAUUUCACUUGAAGAGAUGGGAUGCAUUACACUGUAUAUAAUAUUUAUGCAAACCUAGAACAGAUGAGAAGAUGUACAUUUCCGGGAGCAGCUUUGUUUUACAAACAAGUGGUCAGAAGGCACAACUGCUGAAGGCGCGCGCUGAACAAGUGUAAAAUUAAUAUCUUGAUGAUGUUGACGAGAAGUUUUGUCAUGUCCUUUCGUCAUAGAAAAAACUGUUUAGGAUAAUUUCAUUGUUUCAUAACUUCGCAUCAUAAAAUUUUGAUAACCGUGUUUUCAAAGCAGGGCCAAUAUGCGAAUGUUUUGAUUGUGUCAUGUGUCAUAUUAGAAAUCAGUUAUAGAAGCUUUCUACUAACUGCAGUCGUCCGAGUAAAUAGAAAAAAAAGUUGGAUUUUCGUUAUAGUUGUCCGUUUUCGGCUAUAGGUUGUCAUUUUUUUUCGUGGUUCCCUGUGAAACCACUAGUUUUAUUGAAUUUUUGUGUGGGUUAUCUAAGUUUCUGUUACAAAUUUACAGCCUUAAGUUUUUCUCUGGUUGUGGUGUUUUUCGCUGCAAAAAAAACCCUUUUUCUUUUGUAGCACAUGCAUUUUCAAAUGGAGUUGGAAUGGGAUACAUAAUAUUAUUCCAUUUGUUGGCACUUUAAAGAAUUUGGGUUCCACCA